AUGGCCCCCACCUCGGUUGGCGCGGUGCUAGGCGGCGCCAAACGUGUGCCUACUGCCCGGCAGUCUCCAGCCAGCGUGGGAAGCAACGCCCUCCUGCCACGACACCCCGGUGACGUCUGCCGCAAGGCGGACAGAGGGGAGAAGUCCGGCUGCGUAGUGGCGGGCGCUGCCCACCGUCCCACUGAGCGACCUGACGUGUCGCCCCCGCCAGAAGCAGUGCAACCGGCACCCAGUGCACCGGCUGACGGACCCGUCCCGGACCAGACGCCCGUUGUGGCGGUACCGCCGGCGGCGUCUGAUGUGCCUGCUAUGGCGAGUGAUGUGGUCGCUGUCGAACAGAUGGAGGUCGUUCUUCCUACCCCGCCCAUCCCGGCAGAUGACGCUAAGUCCCCCCGCCGUCGUCAUCGGCGCAAGAAGGCGAACCCGGACCAGCCGGCGGAGGAAGCGGACGGUUUACGUCCUCCUGAGAGCGGCAGUGAGGCUGACUCUCAGGCCUCCUCAGUUUCCCGCUCUGUUUCCGCUGACCGCUCGGGCGGUAUGCGGCAAACUGCUCGGCAACUAGAGGCUCUUAUCAGUUCCUCGCGAGAUCGGGGAGCGAUCCCUGCAAAACGGAAACAUGACCAGGGUAGCGACCAGCCAAUGCAGCGUACUCGCACCCUUUCACACCCUACUGUGUCCGACGCGUCUGCGCCGCCUGGCUUAGCCUAUCCUGCCGAUGGGGGAGGCCUGAACUGGGCUGACGACGAGGGCGAUGACAUGCGUGAUUGA